AUGAGCAAAGGACGCUUCGUGCUCAACCCGUUUCCGGAACUCCGCCUCACUGCCGACGACCGACUUCAACUGCAGGACGUGGCCAAGAACAUCCCGCUGAAGACGCGCGAAGGCCUACGGGUGUUCACUGAGCGACUUGAGUCUGCUCACUCCGCUAAAAGCUGUGAGCCAUCGGGUGGUGGUCUUCCGACAAUCUUGUGCGUGGGGACCCUGGAGGGGAAGCUCGACGACUUGAUGUUCGGUAUCAUCAAUGAGGACCUAGAGGCAAUGCGCCUCAAAGCUUCGUACGUCGAUGACAUCAGUGGCGCCGCGGUGCUGGAUACCAUUGUCGAGCCAAGUGUCGAGAACCCGUUCCAGACGCUCAUGCUCAAGUGGAUGGAGCUCGAUCCUCCUCUCGCCUCGACGAGCCUCGUGAAGAACCGCGACUACGUAUAUCUCGAAGACACUGGGUAUGUUCAACGCGACAACGGUGAGCGUCUGGGGUACCAGUUCGUUCACUCGGCUGGGCCAAACCAAAUUGAAAUGUACUCGACUGGCAGCAUGGGUCCGGGCGGUGACAUGAUCCGCAAGCUUCUUGUGCCAGGCAUGGCCAACGCGUUCCUUCAAAGGAGUCCCCAACAGCAGAAGCGUGUGCGUGACGUGCUUGGCGAUAUGGCCAAGGGAAACAAUACGUGCAGGUUGUGCUUCGGUCACGUCUGUCAUUCGUGCAAGGUGGUGCAGAAGCUGAGCUUCGUAGACCCGGACAUGCAGUUGGCCAGGAGAAACGUGAGGUUCUGCCCGGCGUGCAUCAGCUCCGUGAUGAACAAGAACGCACUGGAGGUGGCGCGUGAGAGGAUCUUCGAUGUGUAG